AGCCUCUCACAUGCAGGAUGCAGGAUGCAGUUUACGUUUCCCUCCUGCCUGGUGGAGACGGCGGACAAGUUCAAGCUGCUUCAGUAACAAGACUUUGUUGUCAGAUCAUCAUUGAUUCCAUCGCGGCUCAUUCUGCCUUAAAAUGUUGACCGACAUGAUUCUGGAGGAAGAAUUUGAGAAGAACAAGGAGUCUUGGUACAACCCUCAAGAGCUCGAACACGACCUACACUUGGCAGCAGAGCUGGGGAAAACUCUCCUCGACAGGAACCAUGAGCUGGAGCAGGCCCUGCAGCACAUGCAUUCAACCAACCAGGAGCAGAUUCAGGAGAUAGAGUACCUGACCAAACAGGUGGACCUGCUGCGUCAGAUGAACGACCAUCAUUCCAAAGUGUAUGAGCAGCUGGACGGUGCAGCCAGAGAUCUGGAGCAAAGCAACCAGAGAAUAGUGCAGGACAACCGUUUGGCCCAACACAAGAUCCAAAGUCUUACAGAAACGAUUGGGGACCUUCAGACCUACAUGGAGGACCUGCAGGCACAGAUAGAGGAGCUAAAAACUGCCCAGGAGGAGCGGAGGAAGCGAGAGCUGGCAGAGCAGCGGCGCAGUCUUGGAGCGCAGAGUGUUUCCUGUCUCAAGGAGCUGUAUGACUUACAUCAAGCCUGGUAUCCGGCUCACACUGAGGGACUCUGGUCAGCCAGGAAGAACUUCUUCUGUGACAAAGACAAAGAGGAUACCCUGGAGGUGGAGAACCAAACCCUUCAGCGCUCCAUCCAAACUCUCCAGAGGCAGAUAUCUGCCGAGCGGAGCCGCAGGGAGGCGGCGGAGCAGGAGAUCGAGCUGACAUCCAGGGAGAACUCAAACCUAGAGCAUCGGUUGGCUCUGCUCGCCGGCUGUCAGACCAGACAGAGAGAGCUGGAGGAGGAAGUGGAGCAGCUCCGGCUUCUGUGGAGGGCUGACUGCAACAAAAGUGUUAGAAGACCUGAGGAGCUGCUGAUGCCUGAAACCAUUUUCUUUGCCUCAGAGGAAAGGCCGUGUCUAAACCAGAGUGAGACAGAAGAGAAAGCGGAAAAGGUAGAGGAGGCGAGCCCCGUCAGCAGACACAGGCGUCACAGCGACAGCAUUUUAAGAGCAGCAAACGCAGAUGAAAUCCGCCGUGGUCACGAGCAGAUGUGUAUCCGACGUGCAGAAGCUGUAAAACAGAGAGGCAUUUCUCUGCUCAAUGAGGUGGAUGCCCAGUACAGCGCUCUGCAGGUGAAAUACGACGAACUGCUGCAGCAGUGUCAGCAAACGGAGAGGCUCAGUCAUAAAGAGGUCCAGACGUCCAGCAGUCCCUCUGCAAGCGUUCGCCGUCUGUCCAGCUCCACCGCAACCGAUCUGACGCCUGUUCCUGAAGACAACCGUCUACCCGAGUACAAGGCUCUCUUCCAGGAGAUCUUCACCUGCAUCCAGAAGACCAAAGAUGACCUCAGCGAGAGCCGGUGUCCCAUCAGCAGUUCCUCAUAAUCUGUUGUUAAACUCCUCAGAAUGUCGUAUAUUCUUUCUGCUUUGGUCAUUACAUUUAAGACAUAUUUGUUAGUUUGCACUGUUGGUUUUAAUUCAUCCUGCUGAAAAACGUUCUGUAAAUGUGAUUAAUUUGACUGCAUAUCUAAACUGUAAUAUCCAGUGUUACCUCCUCUAAUACUUUAUAUAAUGUUGACCACUUGAGUAAUUGUUGAAUGUGGAAUUUCAAGAUUUGGUAGUAUUUAUGCAUUUCUAGAAAUGUCGUAUUACUGCAAAACUCCAAGGCAAAUAAUCUUUAAGAUUUAGCUGGUGUGAUCGUAAGUUGAAAAUGGAUAACUGAACAGUUGGGGCUAUUAUAGGUAGUUAGAAAAAAAAAAAA